AUAAGCUAUGUUCAACAAAAAAUAGGCUCAAGAAAAUAAAGUAGGAUUCCCUUUGCCACACCUUUCACAAACAACUUAAUUAGAUAUGACUAGUGAGUCAAUUUUAAAAACUCUAACCCAUUUGUUAUCAUCCAACCACGGAUUUUUUUUAACAAACCAAAUUCAUACUAGUCAAAUCUUGUGUGAACUCUUUAAUUUACUUAUAAUCAAGAGUGAGGGAUAGCUCAAGUGGUUAGAGCUCCCCUCUCGGUUCCAGGUGAUUUUGGAAUCGAUUCUCAUCACCCGUCCUUAUGACUCACUAAACACCAAAAAAAAAAAAAAGAUUUACUUAUAAUCAAUUAGGGUGCAUUCUACUCAACCUGUAUCAUAAAAUUGCUCGAAGAAUCCAAAAUCAAGCUUUUUGUGACAACUAGAAAAGAAACAAUCAAAUAAGUGAACAUAACAUAACUUGAUAAGCAAACAUCUCUUGCAAUCCUUCCUUGUUCCUCACGUGUACCUUUAUAUUGUGACAUGCACAAACAUUUUCUUCUAUUCCUUCCUUCUCAUUACACUCACUAAUCACAUAAAUUCUCUCCAUCCUUUUUUCCAAAGUAUCUUUUUAUGUUUUUUUCUUUUUCUUUUUCUUUCUAUUUUCCAGCUCUUAAAAAGCUCUCUCCAAAUCUCAUUAACCAAGAAAAAGCCUCUUCAAAUGGCUUUUUCUUCAUCUUCAUACUCUGUUUUUACCCUGUUUUUGUGUAUAAUUCUAACAUUUACCCUGCAUUUUAGACCAAAUUCUUCAGCUUUAUUAGUGAAAUUAAGACACCACUAUAGAAAUCAUCACAGAUUACAAAACCCAGUUGUUCAAACAAAUCAAACAUAUUCAUGUAAUCUUUUUGUAGGAAGUUGGGUUUAUGAUAGUUCUUACCCAAUUUACCAUUUUUCUAAAUGUCCCUUAAUUGACCCUGAAUUUAAUUGCAAAUUAUUUGGUCGACCUGAUUCUAAUUACCUCAAGUAUCGUUGGCAACCUGCUUCUUGUACCCUCCCUAGGUUCGAUGGGGUAGAAUUUUUGGAGCGGAUGAGAGGAAGGACAGUGAUGUUUGUAGGAGAUUCAUUAGGUAGAAAUCAAUGGGAGUCUUUGAUUUGUAUGAUUUCAUCUGCAUUGCCAAGAAGAUCUCCUACUCAUAUUAUCAGAGGGGACCUACUCACCUCCUUCAAAUUCUUGGAAUAUGGCGUGACAAUAUCAUAUUAUAAAGCAACAUAUCUAGUGGACAUAGAUAUAGUUCAAGGCAAGAGAAUUCUGAAGCUUGAUGAGAUUUCAGGCAAUGGAAAUGCUUGGCUAGAUGUUGAUGUGCUCAUUUUUAACACUGGUCAUUGGUGGACUCACACAGGAUCUCUUCAAGGAUGGGACUAUAUGGAAUCAGGAGGGAUGAUGUAUCAGGAUAUGGAUCGGUUGACAGCCUUAGAACAAGGCUUGACGACGUGGGCUAGAUGGGUCGACACCAAUGUGGAUAGUACACGAACCCGGGUUUUCUUUCAAUCCGUCUCUCCGACCCAUUAUAACCCAACAGAAUUGAGUUCUGGAGCACUGGCAAUGGCGAAAAACUGCUACGGGGAGAAGUCUCCGGCUAAUGGAAUGGUGUAUGCCACUGACAGGUAUCCAGCAGAUGAUGCAGAUCAAAUGAGAGUGAUAGAUUCAGUGCUUAGCGAAAUGAGCAUCCCUGUGUAUCUGCUUGACAUUACAAUGCUGUCGGCUAUGAGAAAAGAUGCACACCCUUCCAUAUACAGCGGCGAUCUCACCCCACAACAGAGAGCUAACCCUCAAAGAUCAGCUGAUUGUAGCCACUGGUGUCUCCCUGGCUUGCCUGAUACUUGGAAUCAAAUAUUUUACACUGCAUUGUUGUAUUAAUUCUAAUUUUUCCCCUGUUAAUAUUAGCACUAAUUUGUUUAUACAUUAGACAAUUAACCCAGAAAAGGGGAAUGAAAUUUAUAGUUUAACUGUAAAUUUUACCGUAGUAAUAUAGAAUGAAAAGUAGACUCGACAAUUCUAUAUAAAUAUACCAGAAAUGUAGUAUAAGAUUUACUUACUUUGCAAGUGAAAUUGAAAUCCAGUACUCUAGCAAGGCACAGAAGAAAAGCCAAAUA